AUGCCCCAAGCGUGCUUGCGGGAGCCCGAGGCGCCCCGUACCUGGGCAGCAGUCGCUAAAGCGACGCAGACACAGCCAGCACACAAGCGACGCUGUCGUAUGCGCAAACGGGGAGAGCAGGCUGCGAGCACUCGUGUGCUCAGUCUAGACGCGAUAUGGGCUCCGAAGCUGCUCGAGAAGUGGCCGAGCUCGGCACACACGGACCCUGCUGGUCCAGGAAUUGUUCUGGCCUCGGGGUUGCGUAGCGCUGCCGAGGUCAGCGGCUCGCCGGAGCAGUCUGGGCCUGUGGGCGAAACGCGCCAGCACGGAGCACAACCUCGGCCUCGAGGAACAGUUAGAACGGCGACACGGCUGGGCAGCUAUAAGCGCCACCGACUGGUUGCUGCGGGCUCCCUCGACUCGCAAGCGAAGCGGCAUAGCGGCUACACGAGCACUGAAAGCGAAGCGCAGCGCUGCUUCGACAACGAAACCGGCAACAGCUUUGAAAAGAGCGCACCCUCGGAACGCCACUGCGGUGUCUCAUGCAGCGGGACCACAGAGAACGACACGUGUCGCUCUGAGUCGCUUCUUCGUCACAUUCCUAAAGACACCAACGAUGAACGAUGCUCAAUAAUCGAGAAAGCUGGUUCGGGGAUGAUCGUGCAGCCAGCACGUAAGCAGCCGAUGUGUGGACACUCAGGGCGCAUUUCUCGACACCAGUGCGCUGACGAUAACCGUAAUGGCAUUGGCCGCAACGAGUAUUUGAAGUCUGCAGCGCAGACGCUACCAUCGACGCCUUUUUCGUCUGCCAAUGAUUCUUUAGAUGCGGGAAACGUGAAAAGCGCAUUGAACACCAAUGCAGCGUCGCUUUGCGCUUCAUGCACAGGCUCUUUACUUUUCCGACAAUAUGCCGUAUCCGAUGGUUAUGCAAGCUCUGCGGAAUCCCUCUCGCUAUCCUCUGAGGAGCAUACUCGUGUCGCAGGCGAUGUUCAGGUACCAGAGCACACUCAGUGUCGAGACAAGCACCGCACCCGACAAGCAGCGGAUGAACCUGCCGAAACAUCCUGUCUGCAGCAUAACUUGUCGUCCUCCAUGGCGGAGACGACGAACGAGCACGAGCUCUCCUGGGCUGAUCCGUACCAUCGUCUGGAUCAUGGAACGUCGGAGCGCAGGGUAAGCUCGACGAUUCGUGAACUGGGCAAUCCACGAGUGCAUUGCCAGUCGCCAGUUGAGGACGUUGAAUCACCCGGCGCGCUGCCGCAUCGUGACGGCAAGCUGUUGGACUCGAGCUGGGGGCGAUCUGGGCUUGCGACGUGCACACGCACAGAUGCAUUCCGCGAACAGUGCAUUGAACUGCAGCGACGCGUCGAAUCGCCCAUGCAACCGGAUUUGGCGACUGCCUCUGACAGGCACGUCUCGAGAGUGGCGCUAUCAGGCACAGACAUGCGCUGCAAGACAAAGCACGCACCAGCAUCUUCAGAGGUCUGGUCGGCGGACGUGCCGCACUGGACUGCUGCAACACCCACGGCGAUCUGCGAGCCGCGUAUCCAGCGCGACAAGAGGCAUAGCGACGAGCGGGUAAGCCCGGUGAGCAUACGAUCCCAAGGCCAGCACACAUCAACGAAGGCCACCGACGUCUCUAUCGCUUUUCGAGCCCGUCGUGCAGGGCUCGCGUCUAGUCUCAGGAUUCUUGUGGCGCGCAGCGCGCAUGCCGAUGCACGCAUCGUUCCCGCGGCGCUGCGCCGGUGCGUGCCGAUCACCGCUGAUCGCGCACGGCGAUUCGAUCCGUGUGCUCGACUCGAGGAUCGCUGCGAUAGCGGCGGCGUUGAGGUCGUCACUGCCACCGCGUGUCCUCUUUGCGUGCUCAACAUAGCCGCUCAGCAGAUGUGUGAUACCCCCCGGGAUCAACACAUGCGAGCCAUGGGCGCUCUGCACGUGACACUGCGACGCUUGGGUUGCAUGGCCCUCGCGCGUUCUCCUCUCGGCCUCCUGGGCUGGUGCGAUGUGUGCGCGCUGGACGAGCCUGUCCAUUCGAAACGCGCCUCGAGCUCACGAGUGUCGACCCAAUGCCCAGCCUAUCGCCACGCUCACCGCUUGAAGCGCGUUCUGACGCUUCCGGGCGCGUUCGUGCACCAGCUGCUGGAGACAGCGGCAGCCGCGGUGACGACACAAAACCCGGCUGCGGAGCCUGCGCUAACGCAGACACGCAGCACCCUCGAGCCGUUCUGGCACCUGCUGAAACGCAACCUGCGCGCCGCAGCAUGGAAUGACGAGCAGCUCCUGGCGUUUAUCGACGACGUGCUGGCGAUCUACACAUGCCAAGCAGCGAUGGCACGUCAUUGGCGCACGCAGCUGGCAGAGGUCAUCGGCAUCGCAGCGGAUCGCGUGUCCGCUGAUGCGGCGAUUGCGUGCUGGUGCCGAUGCGUGCGCGACGACGUGCCGCAUUGCCGGCUCUGUGGACACGAUCACUUGACACGAUGCUGGCUGCCGGCGCUCGUUGCCUUGAUUUGGGUGAUUCCACCACGAGGGCGCUCGCGUUGGCUUCAAAAGUGUCUAUGUGCGCGUCUCCUGGAGAGCUGGGUAUCGCGUCGUACUGAAUUGCAGGUUGAGGCACAGGAGUCUGCAGUUGCCCGCAUCGAUGAUGGUGCGUCCGAGGCGGAUGCAGGGCACGCGUCGGUUAUGCUGCUUGCACGCGUCGCUGGCGCGCUGUGCCUGCCACGCUAUGAGGCCGGCCGCACGUCGGGACGCGCUUCCGAUGCGAGUGAUCUAGAGUGGAUGGUGGAUGCGAUGCACUUGCUCCUGCUGGAUUGGAAUGUCGUUCCCGACAUUGCCGCGGCGAUACAUUCGAUGCGUCGGCAUGUCUUGCAACAGCUUCGCACGGUGCUUGCUGCUUGGACGCAGGUUGCGCGUACGGUGCCGGAGCCGCGGGGUUACCGGCUGCGUACGCAGCUGCACCUGCUUCGUCGGCAGCUCUGCGAUGAGCCCGUGGAUGUGUUUGGGAGCGGUACGGUUCCGUGA